AUGCAAAGUUUGGAAACAUCGGCGUGUCAAGAAGCAGAUUUUAUACUGAAUGAUGCUUAUUGUAAGCUGAAAAAGUCUCCCUCACGGCAAACCACAUUGCUAAUCGAUCCCUCACCGCAAUAUCCAAAUCUUCCCAGUCCCUUACUUAACGACAAUACUCCUUUAUUCCACACUUCCUCCUCCGAAGAAAGUCCACAUUCUGGCUCAAUAUCAUCUACCUACGCUACUCUGAAUCCCAGCCACCAUUCUACUUCUCCUCCGGCAAUACUAUUGGCGUCACCUUCGUCAACGUUCUCGUCGCCGACUGAUAAAACAGCGGUGACAGACACGCCUACUGGUACAAAUUCAGCCACAAGCACUUCAUCUAGCACAGUAUUCACUGUUAGCCCAAAGCACGUUGAUAAGCGAGUGGCCCCAUCAGACAACCUGCCCGGAUAUGGGAGUUCAUCACCUGCAAAAAAGUCUAAAUUUUCAUCUCCAUUCUCAUCGUCUUCUAUGUUGUCUUCCUCGUCAACAUCGUCGGCAUCAUCGUCUUUAUUGUCAUCUUCGUCACCGCAUUCAUCAUUAUCUUCAACUGCGUCUGCACCUGCAUCGUCAUCUUUUCACAUAUUCGCAGUAUCGCCAUCCGUAUCACAAACCGUCCUGUUCCGCCAACAUCAUCAACAUCCCCAGCAACAUCACUGUAGCCUUGGUGGAGGAGACAGUGGUGGAAACGGAAACAAUAUUAGCGGAAAUGGUAAUUCCGUAUCAAAUUCAGUGCUUCAGCAAACACAAAAGCUUCUUGUUGGGUGUCAACCAUUCGAAUCAAUACCAGUUUUGAGCGGCUUUACGACUGGAAGUGAAAAAUUUAACAUACACGAGAAGCUUAGAGAGCUAUAUUUUGAGCUGCUCACGGAUGAUACCAGAGAGGGCAAUAGACUAAGUCUGAAAAAUACUUCAUUUCUUUUGGAGAAGCUGAUAGUACGUGAACAGCUGAAUACGCUUAUUGUAAAUUUGUAUCCAGGUAACAAGGGAUAUUCUCUCGCGUUUCGAAUGGGGUCACAGGACGAUGGACGAGGACGAAGUAUGUCAAAAACUGGAGGUUCUACUGUAUUUUCAACAAUGGGUACUGGAGUUAGUACACCACCGGCUGCCGCCAUAUCAAGCACCCACGUCCAUGAAGUGAUCGUAAAUUCUUGUGAACUCAAUCUCGACGAAAAUCUGCAAGAAACGAUCCGGUGGUCAUACGAGGAAGAGGAUUUAUUAGAUUGCAUCGAUCGAGAGGAAUUACCACUAGUGCUGGUGGACAUACUCGAAACUAAGUGUCCGGCAUUGUUUUACUGUGGCUGUGUAGUUGCCGAGAUACGUGACUAUCGCCAAUCGUUUCCUAUUUUUACCUGUGAUACUUUUCAUGUGCUGCUUAAGCCUACUAAUCAGACCCUGUUGGCGGAUGUAAACUUACUCACAGCAGAUGGUGAGUGGAGCGCCGAAGAUAAACUAAUGCUGGAAAGUCAACUUGUAUUGGCAACCGCGGAACCACUUUGUCUCGAUCCAAAUCCAGCAGUCGGUGUGAUGAAUAUCAAUCAGCAACAUCGUCGACAAAUGCUCAACACUGCUCCGAUACGCCGACAAGCUAAAAAAUUCUCACAGAUAGCAGUGAACCGAAAAAGAAAAACGGAUCAAUUCACACACAAUUUUGGAUUGGAAUUGAGCGAUUUUAUCACCAAAUACCGAUCUCGUCCUCCCACACGAUCCCAUAGCACACGCCGUGGCGUUGUUAGCUUCACGGUGCCGAAAAAACCAUCAGAAAUAAUACCAGCCGUGAAUUUGCCAACGCUGGAAUUGCCUGAUUUAUCGACGCCUUCCGAGGUAAACGUUGAAAAACACGCCCGAAAGUACGAAGCGCCUAAAGAAAGCCGAGAUUGCAUUCCGCAACUAAUUGAAGAAUACAUUCUUGAAACGGAUCGUAUCAUAAAUCGAGCUGACACCCGCGUGUACCAUAUCAAGCUUUCGAUAUUUCAACGGCCUUCAAAUUCGGAGUAUCUAGGUGAACUUUACGUCGACCGCGAUUACAGAGAAAACGAACGGAAUGGAGAGGCAUGUCAAUUUUCUCUAGGAACUCGAGCACAUGCCCACCGAUACAUUCAACAAUUCACGGAAAUUUUCACCGAGGAAGGAAGAAAAUCUGUCAAAAUCACUCAUCUUGUCCCCGGACAAGUUCCCAAGGUGCUCCACACCGCUGGCAUGCGAGAACAAAAUGUCCAACAGCAACAACUGCAGCUACAACAACAACUACAACAACAACAGCUACUACAACAGCAACAACAUUCGCUCGUGCAACAACAAAUAUCACAAAUACAACAACGAUUGCAGUCCCAUCCUACGCAGGCAUUGUUAACCCGUUUACAGGCAACAAAUCCUGCACUGGCAUCACAGAUUGCAACAGCAACAGGUGUUAAUGGGCCACAGGUUACUUUGAAUGCUGCUACAAAUGUUAAUACAACAUUACCUGCUUGUAAUAGCCAGAUACAGAGCCAGACAUCGCAACAAUCUGUAGCCACAACACAACCCAUCAUUCAUCAGAAUUUAUCAAACCAACAGCUUAUUUCCGCCACUGUCCCAGGGCCAAAUAUCAGCAUUAGCAUAGGCUCAGCAUCAGUAUCAAAUGCACAACCUCAACAAACACCACAACCGGCACAACAACCUCAACUUCUUGUUCAAUCACAACAACAUUUAUUAGCUACAACUAAUACUCACCAACCACAAAUGUUCACCGCAAACGCGUGUGAAAUAAGCAAUGCUGCAGCUAGUACUAGUGUGAGUUCAGGUGUGAGUAAUGCAACAGCAAACACCGUAACGACCUCAACAAUAGGACCUACAAUUACGCUGCAACCCCAGUCGUCUGUGGCACAACAACACACCCAACAAGGGCAGCAGACGCUCAAUCUGACCAACGGUUCAUUGUUGCUUGUGCAGCCAUCUGGACAAAUAUCGAACUUGACGAUGGCCACCAAUGCCACUGUUGGGCAACAGCAUUUGCUCACGUCAAGCACUGGUGCUGGAGGGAGCAACUCGGCUGCAAAUGCUGUUGUCAGUGGUACUUCGAACUUUACCUUUUCUUCUUCCGGCGCCCGUACUUUAGGAAAUGCGGUCCCGUUGCUCGUUCGACUUGACAAUGCUAAAAUGUCUCGGGAUGGUGCAGGAAAUUUGAUAUCGACCGUCUCGCAACAGGUUAAUGCCACAGCCGCUCAAAUGCAGAUCCAAACCCAGCAACAAAAUACACAAAAUCACCAGCAGCAACAACAUCUUCUCCAACAAUCAACGCAGCAACAAAAUCAAUCUGGCACAAUUCAUACGACGAACCCAGAAAUUAAAGCCAUUGCCAUUAGUAUUAUGAACUCCGCGAAUCAAUUUACUAAUCGCCAGCAGCAGCAGUCUAGUUCUAAAGCUAGUAGCAACGCAGCUAUUCUUAGUCUUCUGAACAGUGCUCCAGCUGCAAUGACAAAUUCGCCCGUUUUGAGUACCACUCUUGCCCUUCCUGCUGGAAAAUCAGUAACCGAUCUACAUCAGCAUCCACAACAUCAACAACCACCACAACAGCAUACAAUACAUCACCAUCAAGGAACAGGAAAUGGUGGAAGUGCUGCCGCAACCAUUUUCAGCAGUGUAGCUGGGCGAAAGAUCAAUAUUCAACAGGCGCAGCAGGCUAAUCAAACUCGUAUUCUUAAUCAUGCUAAUCUCAUCGCCGUUACUGGUGGUACUGGUGGAACCAAUCAGCAAACUCAGUUGAUAAACAUUCAGGCAAGCGAUAUGCAACAGCACCAACAGCAGCAGCACUCGGUACAAACGACAACACAACAACAAACGCAGCAACAAAAUGCUGCAGGAAGUAUACGUGUCACUAUGUCGGCCCUUGCUACACAGCUUGCAUCGCCACCGGCUAUAUUGACUACCUCCAAUUUGCCACAGAGUUUCAAUGUUGCUGCCGCAGCAGCAGCUGCAGCAGCCGCUGCUUCGGUAUCUGGUUCUAAUUCAUCGACAGUUUCCGCUACCAACACAUCUUCGUUUGCAAGUGGCGGCUCCCCUGCAGUAGUAACUUCGGCUGGAAGCAAGUUAAUCAUCAAUAGCUCAACGAAUCAACGCGUGCUCAACAUCAAUGCAAAUUCUGCAACAUCUAAUUCAACCCAAGGUGCCGUAGUGGCGACGGCAUCCGCAUUCGGAGGUACCAUUCGACGUGUUAGUGGUCCAGGAAAUGCUGCGGCUACCGCCGGAAGCGAUGGAUUACAACUUCAAAUUCAAGGGCUUACAGCCGCCCAGAUCUCCUCAAAUCUUGCUGCAAGUGGGCAGCUCGUCAAGAGUUCUGCUGGUUCCGGUGGAGGAUCAGACGGUGGAUUACGCCGAUCAAUUGUGGUCGCAGAUCAACUCCAAAUUCAAAGCAUUACUUCGCCGGCGGGCAGUGAUCAUUCGAAUACCUCGUCUACUUCGCUAACCAGUAAUAACAGCGGUGCAAAUGGUGGUACUAAUAGCAGUACUAGUGUCAACGCCAAUAACAUUAUAUUCAAUAACAUGUCCGGUUUAAACGCAUUGCUAGCAAACACAACUACAUCGGCAGGAGCAACACCUCCACCCGCAUCGUCCUCGCUAGCUGCUGCUCCUGGCGUGGGUGGCGUUGGCGAAGGGACAUUACAAAACCCUGUGACCGUAGUUGGGCUAGGUGUAGCAUCAAACAACACCUCUAGUACCAGCAACAACAACAACAUCAUUACCAGUAGCAAUUGCGGCAACAGCAUCGCUACCACAGUGUGUGGCGGCAGUAGUAAUUCAGCAUUAAUUGAAAGACUGACCUCAUCUAGUAGCAUAAAUAUAGCCAAUAGUAGUAGCAUCCCGACAGUCCAAAGUCCCGGAUUACAGUUUACCAUACCAUCACCAAAAACACCUCAACAACAGCCUCAAGGACAUAUGCAGAUACAAUCGCCGGUUGGCUCGAUAUCACCACUUUCUAGUCCUCCACCGCAGAUUACCAUCCAACCACCACAGCAGCAGCAACUGCAACAACCAUCUCAACAGUCUCAACAUGCACAGCACGUGCAACAAACGCAAGCACAGCAGCAACAAUCUCACCAACCUACUACGGUCAAUUUACAAGGGCUAAAUUUUGCAAGUCUUCAUGGUGCAAUGACCUCCAUUCCCGGACUGCAAAAUGUUCAGGUGCAAAUACCUGGACUUGCGCAGCCAAUUUCGUUAUCACUUUCAUCUGCACCUUCAGCAGCGACAACGACAGGAGGAGUUAUGAACAAUACGCCUGUUAACAAUGCAGGUCAAGCUACUACCACCAGCUUGCUAGUGUCAGUGCCAGUGACCAACACAACGCAGGUUGUGAAUACCAUCAACGCCGGCAAUACAAAUAACUUACUCUCUGGUAAUUCGCAAGCAACCCAAACUGUGGUUCUUACAAAUCCUCAAACCAGUGGUUCCAGUUUGCUCUCUCUUCCCAUUGCACAGAUUGUUUCUUCCGGAAUGAAAGGAAUUAGUCAGCAUAGUAUGCGAGCAAGUGCUGGGCAGUUAACUGGUCAGCCUGGUCAGCAAAUUCAAUUGUUAAAUAUUAGCCAACGUUCUCGCACCGGCCAACAGCUGCCUAUAAUGGCCUGUUCAGGAGGUCCUUCUUCCAUAACUACCAAGCAGCUAGCGGCGCGUGUAGCUCAACAUCGACAACAAAUGGCAACCGUAGCCGGAUCAACUUUAAAAAUUGCUACUCCUAUAACCGCUACUCAUGCUGGUCAGUUGAACAAUCCUUUAAGUGUUACCACUGGUGCGGCUUCAAAUCAGAUCGUCAUGACUACAAAGCAGCUCCAACUAAAACUUCAGCAGCAACAACAGGCCCAUCAAAUCAUUGCUGCUCCCAACGGCCCACAACAACCUGGAGCGACACAAAUUCACAUUCAACACCAAACGCAGACCAAUCCGCAAGUCAUACAGCAACAGCAACAUACACAACCGCAAGCUAAUCAACAGAUAAGCAUUUUAAACAAUACUGUAAUGACUCCUUUAUCAUUAUCCAGCCCAGUUGCAGUUGCAACAACUGUUACAGGAUCACAACCAGCAUCAAAUCAGAACAUCAAUGCGAUUUCGGCUUCUCCAAUUACCGCUGCCGGAAAACACCGGAGAAGAUCUGGAGCGGCUGACACCAGCAAAUAG